UACGAGAUUUCGGAGCGCGUGUGUCUGUGAUAGGUUCGCCUGGUUUGCGCGAUCACGGUGCGCAGUAGUUGCUAAGAAACCUAGAGUUGGUGGUAGUUUAGUUCGAAGCGGACACCUGCUGAAAUCCGGAGGAUUUUUGCCUAAUUUGUUUUGUCUACGACGAUUUUUGGUGGAUUAAUCGGUGUGAUUUGGCGCGCAUUAGUUGCUCGGGUACGGAUUUUGCACGGAUUCGGUGAUCGAUUGGGAAAAGCUCACAAUUAAGGAUUGUUCCCGAUCCCCGCAUCCGGAAGUCGUCGCGAACGAUCGAUCGAUUGCGCGGCGCGAGUGGGAGCUUUUUGGAUGCGCGAGUGCGUACGACGAUAGUGCUUGUUCUUGUUGUGUACACACAGAGAGAAGGGAUGUUCUGGAGGUCCUCGAUCAAAUCAUUGGUAUUGUGUGCUGCGUGCUUAGAAUUUUAUGCCUUGUCAAGUGGAGUGCAGAAGCUAAACGGGGAAAAAUAAGUGGAUAAAAAUUAAUGCUCACUAAGAGAUGAUUCCAACGUGUGGACGAAGGCCAAUAUAAUUUGCAACCAAACGCCCACGCGUCCCAGAAUGUCCAGCCCCAGGCAAGGCAGAGGCACGACGACAUCGACGGUUUAAUAUGCAAGAACGCUAGCAAUUAACGGCGCCUCCCAACUAGCCCAUUCGGAAAUCCCACCCCGUUUCCAUCGCCUCACCCCACGAGCGGAUCAAUGAUGAAUGAAUGUGUUGUUUUUCAAUAAAGUGGGAGGCGGAGAAAAAAAGUUGCCACCAGAUAACGAGCGCCCGGGUGAAAAAUCGCGACUAAUAGGGCGAAGGAAAAAAGUGGUUCUAUUGGGGGUAUUUGAAAGCGGAGGAUUUUCCCGCUUCGGUUUGUGACGAAACAUGUGAUAAGUGGAAAGUAGGAAUAUUUCAGUAGUGAUUGUGUUAAGUGAUUUCGUUUAUCGUCAAUGGAAAUUUGAAGCAUUUGUGUAGGAAAUAUCCAGAUUUGAUGAAAAUAAAUCGUCCAAUAACCCCAGUGCCAUAGAAAAUAAAUAUCGCCAUAGUGAGCAUGUGAAGAAGAAAAAUAGUAUGAAAACAUAAAAGGUUUUACCAAUCGUACGUGUAAGCAUAGUAUAAAACGAUUGAAUGAUAGUGAAAAUAUGUCCGCUUCGACAAGAAACAUGAUAUUUUAAGAAAAGACUCAAAUAACACUAUAACAAAUCAACAAUACAAAAUAUAUUCAACAAUGCACUAACGUGCAAUCUGCUCAAUGCAACCCACUCCGUCCACUAGCAUUUAAGAGAUUUGCUGUAAUAAAAGAAUGUGAUAAAGAUCGUCCAUACAGCGAGAAGUAAUACUCAUCAGCGCUUCCAGUACGCAGUAUUAGACUCGAGAAGAAAUUAUAGUGCAAUCAACUCCUAGAGGCCAAUUUUAUAUAUUUGUUAAACAUUUCUUUUAUUUUAAACUAAACGGAGAAAGUAAAAAAAUCCCACGCAAAAAUGUCUUCCUCACCUGAAAUGCAACACCACCAGCACCAGCAGCAGCAAAGCAGCGAGAUCAGAUCUAAUCCACCCACGCCUCCCCCAGAGCUGGCGACAAUGACAAAUGUGAGCGUGCUGGACUUGCACAAAGACUACGCCCCAGAUGUGGGUCAGACGAAGGUGUACGACAAGGAAACGAACACCGUAUACCUGUACGCCAAUCCGAAUCAACGGUCUUUGGCCGCGGCCCAGCAGCUGACGACGAUCGUUCAGGCGGGUCAUGCCCAUCAAUUGGCUUCACCAGAUCACGACCAGGCUGAGCAGAAUUUGCUGCACUCGAGAUUGAUCCAAGAACAGCAGCAACAUCAUCAUCAGCAACAGCAACAACAACAUCACCACCAUCAGCCCCACGACGAAGAUCCGCAGGGGCACCAGAGACUCUCACCGGGCGAUCAGGUAAUUGACGGAAGAUUAAUACCAUCCGGUCUUAAUGGGGAUGUCCACCAUCAUCAUCAUCAGCAGCAGCAGCAGCAACAACAACAGCAGCAGCAGCAUCAGUCACUGGCUCGUCUUUCGCCGGACGAUCAAUCAGUGCGUAUACUGGACAACGCACAUAUUCAACGUCUGCUCGGGAACCAACAAAUCAUCAGCCGGGAGAUCAUCAACGGCGAGCAUCACAUUAUCACACGUAACGAGAAUGGCGAAACGAUUUUGACCCGGAUCGUUAAUGCCCCGGCCACGACGGCUGCUGACCAAUUAAUCAACAAGCUGCCUACCGAUCCCAGCAUCUAUGAUGGAGGUCAUCAUGCAGCCGGAGGACCUUCGACUCCGAAUGGCGCGGAUCAGCAGCUUCCGACAACCGUUCUCCAAUACGAGAAGGAAACCGCCGACAAGCACCCGCAACAGAUCUAUGGCAAUCCGGCCAAUGACCCAGCGCCGGAACAGACCAAACAGAUUGUCUACACGCUGGGUGGAGAGCCCAAGAAUGUCAUCUACGGGGAUCCGAAGGCGGCCAUUCCACACUUUGAACCCAUGGGUGGUCCGGCUGGCAGCGGAGGAGAUCCAAAUGGGCAGGAUCCCAAGUCACAGAUCGAUUACGUGUACAAUGAUGGCAACAAAACGGUGAUCUACACGGAUCAGAAAGGUCUGGAAAGUUUGUACGCCAACAACGAGCUGGGGCUGAUGGAUGGGACUCAGAUUGUGGUCCAGGGAAAUCUGCAAUAUACUCAACAGCAAGGACCCGACGGAACGACCGUUUACGUAGUGGCCUCGGACAUGAACCCGGAUGAUAUCAAUGCGCAGAUUCAGCACAGCAGCAACCCCACCGCAAAAAUUAACGGCCAAACCACGCCUCUGGACGUAUCAGGCCUAUCGCAAAAUGACAUACAAGGCAUACUGCUUGGUUCACACCCAUCAUCGCAGUCUAUAAAUGUCAAACGUGAGCCCGAAGAUCUACGCAAGGAGCCGAAAAAUCCACGAAGUCAGAAGGUGCUGGUAGUUCAGCCCACUUCGCCUUCGAUACAGAUUAAAGAACCUCCACCCAGCCCUGGAAGUCCUUCGGCUGAAACCAUGUAUGCUGCCCCCGGCAGCACGCAGAUCUACCUGCAGGGCCCAUCACAUCAGACCAGUUCAGCUGCAACGGCGGGAUCAAACGUAAACACCAACUCGCCCAGUCCCAGCGCCUAUGACCAGUAUGGAAUGUACCAGCAAAGAAUUGGACCUGGAGGGCCGGCGUUCAUAGCCGAGCAGUAUCCAUACCGCGAAUAUUUCGAUCCACAGGGCUAUGCCCCCGCACGUACCAUUUACGGUACGGCGGAUCCGGAUGGACCUCAACCUGCCACCACCUAUGAAAGUCGAUACACGUCCAAGACUGGUUCGAUCUACACAAAAACAAUCACCUCCGCUGGACUAACUGUGGACCUACCGAGUCCUGAUUCGGGUAUUGGUGCUGAUGCUAUUACUCCCAGAGAUCAGAAUAAUGUACAACCGUCCUUCGAUUAUACAGAACUGUGCCAGCCAUCGGCCGGUUUGUUGGAUCCCAACUCGAUACCGGCAUCUGUAGCAGGCCUGCAGCGAAAUCUGGUAGUCAACGGUGGCCAAAACAGUCCUACGACCUCAGUUGGCAGUGCGUCAGCCCAGCCACGAUCACGCCCCUGGCACGAUUUCGGACGGCAAAAUGACGCCGAUAAAGUGCAAAUACCAAAAAUAUUCUCCAACGUGGGCUUCAAGUACUUCCUGGAAUCGCCGAUCAGCUCGUCACAGCGGCGGGAGGACGAUCGGAUAACGUACAUCAACAAGGGCCAAUUCUACGGCAUCACGCUCGAGUACAUCCACGAUCCGGACAAGCCACUCAAGAGCCAAACGGUCAAGAGUGUCAUCAUGCUGGUGUUCCGAGAGGAAAAAAGUCCCGAAGACGAAAUCAAAGGCUGGCAAUUCUGGCACAGUCGGCAACAUUCAGUCAAACAGCGGAUAUUGGACGCAGAUACGAAAAACUCUGUCGGUCUAGUCGGAUGCAUCGAGGAAGUGGCCCACAAUGCCAUCGCCGUGUACUGGAAUCCGUUGGAGAGCUCAGCAAAGAUCAACGUCGCCGUCCAGUGUUUGAGCACAGAUUUCAGCAGUCAAAAAGGUGUUAAGGGUCUACCGCUUCAUCUGCAGGUCGACACAUUCGAAGAUCCACGGGAUAGCAGCGUGUGCCAUAGGGGUUACUGUCAAAUCAAAGUUUUUUGUGAUAAGGGUGCUGAACGUAAGACACGUGACGAGGAACGACGAGCUGCCAAGCGCAAAAUGACCGCCACCGGUAGGAAAAAGCUGGACGAACUUUACCACCCGGUUGUAGAUCGAUCGGAGUUCUAUUCCAUGAGCGAUCAACUGAAGCCGCCGGUACUCUUCACACCCUCGGAAGAUAUUGACAAGCAACUGACAUCUAUGGACCUUCCGUUCUACGGCCAUGACGGCGAUUCCCUUUCCGGGGCCUCGGACAACGUCAAGUCACCGUUCCUGUUGCACGCUAACAAACCCACAACGCCUACCCUCAAGUUCCACAACCAUUUCCCGCCAGAUGUUAACACCGACAAGAAGGAUCCCACCAUCAUCAUGGAUGGAUCCUUGGUGAGCAACAUGUCGGAAUUCAGCCCGCAGAUCAAGCGGCAGCGAAUGUCUCCUCCCCUGAGCGAACGGGUUAUGUUGUACGUCCGACAGGACAAUGACGACGUCUACACUCCGCUCCAUGUAGUUCCGCCCUCGACGGUUGGCCUGCUCAAUGCCAUUGAAAAUAAAUUCAAAAUUUCGACGUCGAGAAUUAAUAACAUUUAUCGCAAAAAUAAGAAAGGGAUUACGGCCCGAAUUGAUGACGACAUGAUCAAGCACUACUGCAACGAGGACAUCUUCAUCCUGGAGGUCCGGCAGUACGAGGAAGAUCUGUACGAUAUCACGCUGACAGAACUUCCGACACACUGAGCCGCAUGUCGGCGGGGGUCGUUGUUUUACUUUAGGAAUUGUUUUUAUUUGGAUAUACACAUUGUUAGGUAGGAUGAGAGUAUACUGCGAGCAAAAAUCGUAUGACAAAAUUUUACAAACAGUGUUGAGCGAAACGAGCAUUUGAGUCGAACUAGUGGCGGCUUCAGAGAUUGAAAGUGCCUUACAACAUUCUACACCGCAAGCUUUCGAGGCAGAUUGACCAGAUUCCAGAAUGCUCUAAUGCUCACUGCUAAGUGGAUUGAAGCCCGAGAAUCGAGAAGCUGCAAAGGCCUGUUUUCGACCCACGCACGAAUGCUGGGUACAGCGAGCAGAGACGAAUAGCUUAAUGUUUUAAGUUUUAGAAAGUUUUAGCACAUACGCCAUUUUAAUUGUUUAGAGUUAUUUAUUUAUUUGUAGGCCUGAACAGAACAAGAAUUAUAUUUGAUCGAGAACAGUGACAUAUACCCAUGAUGAGUACUUGUUAACUUUCCCUUUUAAGACACGAGAGAUUCCAAGAUAUAUUUUUUCCAUUUCUUCCCCCUCAGAACUAGCGUACACUUCUCAUCGGAAUGCAUUUAAAUGUAUGAUGUAGCUGUAGAACUAUUUAGCUUAAGUAUACUGCUUUACGAAAUCACGUGAACGAAACAAGACGAAAAUCCACCCUCGAGAUCUCAAAAUAUUAAUACCCAUAUGUUUUUGGAGUUGAGGGGCUGAAGGCCCGAUUUCCUCUUUUUUUUACACAACAUUGAUAUUUGCCAACUUUGCUCAACUAUUGGGAUUGCUCAAGGAAAAAUCACUACACAUUCCCAAAGUAGAUUUCAAGCCAUAAUUUGUUUUAGUAGGAAGGCUUCUCUUGGAUUUCGUUCACCAGUCCACCGUACAUUAAUGAAAAAUCAUUGAUUUCAAAUCAGAUAUUAAAGGAGUAAAAACUAACACAACCACAAAUGAACUCCAUCGUACUUAACUUUUUUUAAUAAACGAAACAAUAUAGUUUUACUAGUUGUUAGCGAUCAUCCAUCAGCUGCAAUAUUAAAGAUAACUAUUCAUUCUUAACAAUAGCUUAACACGACACUUAGAGUAUUACUUAGCAAUUAAGUUUGAAGCUCAUUUAACGAACACUCCAUGACACUUAUUAGAAUGAUUUCAAUCACUCUAUUAACAUAUAUUCAUCUCAUUUAUGUACUCUUCAUUUAGUAGAAUCAAUCUUACAGAGCCGAAACGUACUUUUUUUAUAAAUAUUGAAGCAUUCUAAGAAAGCAUGAUAUUUUAUAGCGAAGAAAGCUACUACAAAUAUUAAGUUUUAACAACCAUCCCUACCCAUAAGUUAUUCCCAAUUUGAUGAAACUGCCAUACUUGAGAAUACAAAUAGAAGGUAAGAAGAGAUGGACAAAUUCGAUUAUAUACCUAAAUAAAACUGAAAAAAAAAUCAACGGAUUAAGCAACAAAACGUACAUCAAUAAUCGAUAAGAGUGUACCUGAGAGAUAAUAAAAGACGAAAUAAUGCGCGAAUAUGAAUUUUAAAAUCAAAUCAACGCACAAAAGUACGAUAACUGCGUGCGCCGAAAACGGACAUAUUAUGAUAUAUUGUGAUAUUCAAGCGAGGAGCAGCGAAACAUUUGCCUUCCCCUACGAGAGAAAAAAAAAUGUUAACAUCGGACCAAUUCUUGCCACUAGGGACAAAUCCUUCCCUUUUCCGAUUGCCAUAUUUGUAACAUUUACUUUAAAAAACGCACAAACACCCACAAACCGUUCUCCUCAAGCAGCCAAGAUAGGGUUUAAUAAUUUCGAGCGCUUUUUAUGGAUAGAAUUGCUCGUAAAAAAUGAAUCUUCGAGUUGCAGCAUUUUUCUUACAAGAAGAUUUUGAAAAAUAAAACUCAAAUUAAUUAACACACGAACGCAAAUUGUUUGAUGCGUUCAGAAAGAAAAAACUAACAAUUGCAAUAUUAAUAUUAUCGCGCAUCGAGGAUAACCUUUCAGCCAGGUUCAACCAACAAAUUUCAUUCGAACCUUGAAUUUUCUCGAUGUGAGUUGCGCUAUAUAGGAUCAUUAGAGCUAGCGAAAACAUAAGUUAUGAACAAGAAAAAAAUGUUUUAAGAAAGUUUACAUUCGGUCAACAACAAAGUUAUUUCUCCACUUUUUGUAAACAAGUACUUUCCUCUCUUCCGGUUCCAAUUCAAACGAUAAAUAGUUAGCAACAUUUUCCUUUUAUUCUUUUUGUUUUAACUUGGUGGUGGAUAACAAACAAAACUUCUACUAAGCAAAUCUUUCUACGUAAAACCAUAUCUAAUGAAUGAAGUAGCUUUUAGUGCAAAGCAGAGUAUUGAGAAAAAUGUAAAAAAAAACAUAACACAGAAGAAAAGAUCGGUUUAGGAUAGUUUAAUUUUCAGCUGAAAAAAAACAACUGAAUAUUAGCCAUGUUUUGCCCCAUAACAGACAAACAAACUCAAUCAUGCAUUCUACAAACAUUUCUGAAACCGAUAUGCGCUAUCUUACAUCCGUAUGUAACUAACAAGUAGUUUUAUUUAAGCCUAGAUACAUAUAGCAUUACGUUUAGAAGAAUAAGCUAAGUGAGAGAUUUAUAGUUAAACAAAAAAGAUCGUUUCUUAUUAUCAAAAUGAAUUUCGAAAUUUUCUAUUGUUAUAUUUUAUACAGAUCAAAUAAAAUAUAAUUUUUACUAAAA